AUUGUCAGCACACACAGUUGAAUUAAGCUAAGCCUUGGAUAUUAUUGACCUCAAGAGAACGGCCAUCAUUUUCAAGGAUGAUGAGACUGAAGAGGGAUCUGAUCCUGCUGGUGCUCAUCUCCUUAUGUGUCGCUCAAAAAAAGAGCACUCAGGUAACUUGGGAGCACAGAGAAAAAACAAAUGGCAAAAGCUGCUCAAACAUGACCCAAGUGCUGGACAACUGGAAAUAUGCUAUCCUCCACCAGGUGAAGCAGAUGUUGGUGAAUGACUAUGCUUCAGUCUUACCUGAAUAUGUGAGGAUCAAGUCUCUGUCUGAUGCAGUAGAUGACCUCUACAAACAAUUCAACACAAUGAAAGAAAACCUGGCUAAACUCACCAAUAAAUUUGAUAAGGUGGAGGAAUUCGUGGACGAACUGCAAGCAGGGAAAAUACCCAAAGCCUGGCUGUGGAAGCCACCACAGCGUCCAACUGUGAGAGUGCCAACUCAAACACCAAUGAGGGCAUCAGGUAGAGGGCAGUGGGUUCGGAGAGCAAGAGCCAGGAGAGGCCCUGUCACUUAGUGGGCAUCUUUUAGUGGGAUAUUGACAAAAGGUGUUUAAUUACACACACUAUUAGCAAAAAGUUCCUUCUCUGUUUCUUCUAUGAAAAAAUACAACAAGCCCAUAAGGGUUUUAAAUACCUUUGAAUGGGAUUUCUUCAUUACACAGCAAGAAUAAGGAUACAAUGGAACCUUGGAUUACAAGCAUAAUUCGUUCUGGAAGCGGGCUUGUAUUCCAAAAAACUCAUAAAUCAAAUCAAAUUUUCCCAAAAGAAAUAAUUCACAUUAUUCAUUCCACAGCCCCAAAAAAUAAAUACAUAAAAAUAAUGAACACAAAAUAUUAGGUAAAAAUAAAACAAAUUAACCUGCACUUUACCUUUAAAAAAAGUGAAAAAAUAAAUCCAGACAGAUAAGUGUUUCUGUUUGUGCGCACAGCCACUGUGUGAGUAUGUGUGUGUGUGUGUGUGCGCGUGCGUGUGUGAAGCUAAAGUAAGGAGCCCCUCCUCCUCUCCGCCUUCUCGUCUUACACACUUACCCUUCCUCCACUCUUUUUACAUACGCGCACACAACAGAACCAAUUUUAUAAGAAAAAUAAACAAGAAAUCUCUCUAAUGACACUCGAUUAAGCAACACACUAAUGGAAUCACUGCUGUAAAGUAAAAAUAAAACAAAUUAAACGGCACUUUACCUUUGAAAAGAAUCGAGACAGAGCAAGGUUUCUGUGUAGAGCAGAGAGAAAGGGUGUAUGUGUGUCUGUGAAGGCGAAAGUAGGACGGUCUGUGUCUCUGUGUGUGGUACAGUAUCCAAUGGCGCGUGCGCACAGACACAAAGAGCAGGCUGAGCCUUGAGCAGAGAGAGAAAAUGGAUUUUUAACCUCUCUAAUGAGAUUUGCUUUUGCUUUACACGCGCUGUAUACACGCAUACAGACACAAAAUAAAAUGUUUUACGUGCACACACGUGGUCACAGUGUUAUAGUAAAAACAAGAAGCACAUGCGUGAUACAUGAUACUCGGGACUCGUAAACCAAGACUUGUUAGUUUUCCAAGUCAGAAUUUAUUAAAAAUCUUUGCUCGUCAUGCAGAACACUCGCAAACAGCAUUGCUCGCAAUCCAAGGUUUCACUGUACAUAGUUUCUUAUACAACUUCAUAAAAAAAGAAAAAUACUGACAAAUGGAGUUAGAAUUAUUUUCACUAUAGGAAAAAUUUUAGGUGAUGUAUUUUUAUUGAGAAGCUUUGCAUACAAUAUCUAGUUUUAAGGUUAGCAGCCAAAUCAGCAGGGCUGAUUACUCUUGCUUUGGCAAAUCUAUAUAAUAUAUAAAGUUUGAGUGAUAAAAAUAUAUAAAUACAAUUAGCUCUUUAUCAGGUACCAGGUAUAUUAUGAUCACAGAUAUUAUGUUGAAUGUGUGCAAUAAUAAUAAAAAUUACAAAUGGGUUUAAAAGUUUUAAAUUUUUCAUGAGUCUUUGAUUAAUGAUGGAGAUAUGAAAUAUAGACAAUUUACUUUUAUAUUUAAUUCACUAGUUCUUCAGA